GCCGUGCCCCGCGGCGGGGCAACAUGGCGGCGCCCGUCGCCAUGGUGGCGGGGACGGCGCGGGGCUUGUGCCAGGCCGUGAGAGCGGCGGCGGCGGGGCGGCCCCUGCCGGUGGGCGCAGGCCGGUGUGCCGGUCUCCUGUGCAGGGGCCCCCCGAGUGCCGCUGUGCUCCCCACCCGCGGGAGCAGCUCCGCGCUAGGCCGCAUCCUGGGCAUCCCCGCGGAGAAGCCGGCCAGCGCCCUGGGCCAGCACCCGCCUCCCGUGGCCGUCAGCAAAGAGGAGCAAGAGCACCUGGUGCAGUGCCAACCUGACCAGCCCAGUAACCCCAAGGUUUUAAAAGUUGCCAUCAUUGGUGCACCAAAUGCUGGGAAGUCCACGCUCUCUAACCAGCUCUUGGGCAGAAAGGUUUUUCCAGUGUCUAAGAAAGUGCACACAACCCGAUGCAAAGCCCGAGGUGUUGUCACGUGUGAAGACACGCAGCUGAUCAUUCUGGAUACACCUGGUCUCACCAGUCCCUUGAAAGCCAAAAGACAUAAGCUAAAUGAAUCCAUGCUGAAUGACCCAUGGGAGAGCAUGAAACAUGCAGAUAUAGUUCUGGUUUUGGUGGACGUAUCAGAUCACUGGACGCGAAACUGUCUGAGCCAAGAGGUGCUGAAGUGUCUCUUUCAGUUUCCCCAGAUUCCCAGUAUCCUGGUUCUGAACAAGGUGGAUCUGGUAAAGAAGAAGUUCAUCCUGCUGGAACUAGUAAAUGAGCUAACAGAGGGAGUUGUAAAUGGAAAGAAACUGAAAGUGGAAUCUGAUUUUAAACAUAAUUCCCGUUCUUCGGCAAAAACUCCUCCUCAGAUUGUCCAAGCUUCUCCAUCAGAGAAUAGGGCCCGUGAGUCUCACUGUUUGCAGAAAACGAAUAAAGCCCAAGAAGACUGUAGCUUGGAUAGCAGCAGUGAUAUGGGGUCCAGUGUUGUCACAGAAGAAGUGCAAGGCCCAAAGCCCUGUGGAUAUAGAGAUCUCAAAAAUAUGAAAGGCUGGCCAUGCUUUCAGGAGAUCUUCAUGCUGGCAGCUCUCAGUGGAGAGGAGGUGGAUACACUAAAGCGGUACCUUCUGAUGCAAGCCAAGCCAGGCCCUUGGGAGUUUCACAGUGGGGUCUUGACCAACCAGUCGCCUCAAGAGAUCUGUGACAACAUCAUCAGGGAGAAGAUACUGGAGUACCUGCCACUGGAAGUGCCUUACGGUGUGCAUCAGGUAACAGAGGUGUGGGAGGAAGGGCCAAGCGGAGAGCUCCUCAUUAUGCAGAACCUUGUGGUCCCGAGGAAGUCUCAUAUGAAAAUGUUGAUUGGAAGAAGAGGUACUGUUAUCAGCAGGAUUGCUCAGGAGGCUGGCCAGGACCUGAUGAACGUUUUCCUGUGCGAUAUCUGCUUGAAGCUCAGGGUGGAAGUGAAGAGUUGAGCUCUUUGCGUAGUUUUCAACAGCCCUCGAGCUCUCUGGUCAUGCGGACAAACUGAAAUAAAGUUUUUUGGCUUUCUACGGUACCUUCUUAUGAAAGCUAGGGACAGACAUCAGAGACACAGCUUUACAUGUGGUUCUAGUGCUACAUUUAUAGAGCUGUCAUCCAUUUCUUUGGGGCUGGAUCCCACAUCCUCAGUGUCAAGUGUUUGUGGCUGGAUGUUCAGAAGGACCUUACCAACUGUGGAAUGAAGAUAGAAGGGAGGCAAGAGUGGGGGAAACCUGACUAAGGCCUGCGUCUCCUCCAGAAGUGCAGACUUGGAGAUACGUCGGUGCUGUUGGGAUGCGCAGUUCUGUGCCCCACGCAUCCUAUACCACUAUUCAAUGUUUCCAGUUCUAUUAAUGUCAUGGAAUUGCAGCUGUGCAUUGUCUUAGGCAAGAGCUUUAAAUGCCGUCGUUAGAAGAAAACGACGAGUCAGGUUUGAGGAAAGUAGUCUCUGUGCAGUAAACAUUGUGCAGUGGAGUCCUCUGUCCCCUAAAGGGAUUGGCGAAUAUUAUGAUCCUUUAAAUGGGGAGGGUGAGGGUGGGAGAGGAGAGGAUGGCAUCUCCUGUCUUUCGUGAACAAAGGGUUACAGUGAGGGCACGUUUAUUAGCUCUUCUGAAGGCUGGAGAGCUCGGCCAGUGAGAAUGGAAACGGAAGAGGCUACCCCAGCCCACGUGAUAUACUGUCUUCUGCUUUGCUCUCUGCCCUGCAGUCUGAGUUCAUGGGUGUGCGAGUAUGACAGUGCAGAAAGUCAAUAUUGCCCAGGUUUGCUUGAGUGGAUGAGUUUGCUGGCUAGCAGAAACACUCUAAUAACUGGGUGUGACAGAGGGAGCUCUUAAACUCUCAGUAUGUGAUGCUAAGUCAGUAGUUUCCAGUUCUUGUGUUGGAGCCCUUCCCUUGGGUCUGCACGUACCAGCCCCUUUAAAUGACUGCAAGCUGCUACUUUUCAUUUUGACCUCUUCUGCAUUGUUUGUAAGAAAUUUGUUCCUUCUUCUUCCCUGUCAUCUUUUCCCCCAAUUUUCCAGGCAGCUCACAGUUCCUGGCAUGUAGCACUCACCCCAGAGGAAUAGGUUUGGUAACGUACUCUUUUUGACAGAGUGGAGUAUUAGACCAGCAGAGAAAUGGAGUUUGGAACUGUGAUAUGUUCUUGGUGUGUAUGUGAGCGUUUCCCUGGCCACCUGUGAGAGCAGCCAAGAGGUCACAGUGGCUUGCUGGACUUGCAGGCAUUAACUGGGGUAUAUUUAUCAGAAAGGGAAGUGGAGCCGGGAAUAAGUGUCUUUCUGCCCCCAUGCACCUUGUUUUCAGUGCCCACUGGGGGGUCCUGCCUGUCCUGCCUGUACACAAGUCUGGAUGUUUCGCUGCUGAAUGAAUAUUCAGGGGGUUCGUCUGAAAAUGCCUUUAGCAGUGUCUCCAGGUGCUCACUUCUUCAGAAUGGCUUGUUGGUCUUGCAAAACUUGGUCAGAACCUUUUCUUAGCAACAGUCCUACUUUUGGAUGAUUUAUUGCGCUGCUGUCACUACAAAAUCAUUACUGUUUGUACCAGGGUUGCAGAUACAAACGGAGAGGCUGUUACACCUAAAGAGCCUGAAAUUGGAAUAGCAGUGGGUGCUGCAGCUCGAGGUUAUUAGGGUCCUGGGAAUGGAUAGAGAACGGCACAGUUCAGGGCUUGAACGAGGACUGGAGGCUGAAAAGGCCAGGCUGUAAGGAGGUUUGUGGCGCUUGUGCUGUGACACAGGAGCUGUUGGCACGGAGUCCCAUGGCUCUGAGUGAUGGAGGCGAGGCAGGUAUGGCUCCUGCCACACGUAUGUGCCUGGCCCCUGCUUCUCUGUGCCUCUCUGUAUGUGCUCUUGGCAUUUGGAGGAUUGAGUUUGGUGUGUGCACACUGCUGUGCUUAGGCUCGCUUGUGCCUUGGGAGAGCUGUAUAGCUUCCUGCCAGCAAUGCAGGUAAAUCCCCACGUGUUGUUAUAAAUAAGCAUUCCUGAGUGAGGAGGCCUUGGGCUGCUGCCCAGACAGUUAAAUGAAGACAUCUGGUAGGGUUUUCUGGGAACUCUUCGCUACUGCCUGGAUCCCAAACCUUUUUAGGAAAUACUGUGCCCAUACUGUGCAUCUCUCCUGCAAAGACAAGGAGAUGCUCCACUAGCACUGGCAAAAGCCUGCUCUGAGCCAUUAGAAAGAUACUACUGUCAAGAACAUAAGAUCAUCUGAAAGCUACUCUAAGAAGCCUUCAGAGAGGUACAUGAUAGCCUGACUUGUUUCCCCCAAACAGGAGACACCGUGGCUCCGUGAAUGUUUCUAUCUGACUUUUGUAUUUUGCUUACAAUAAAAUGAGGUCCCAGCAUAA